ACUGUACUACAAUAUACUACAACAAAGACCUUUAAAAACUGUUGGCACAGUGCUCUUAAGCAAGGAACUCAAAACCUGCAGUUGCUGCUCAGUGACCAACAAGAGGCCGUAGCUGUACAGAGAACCUGUGAGACAAUAUGAAUGAGGGCAGAGUUCCUGGUAAAACAGAAACAGAGAGGAAGGGGAGGAUCAGAGCUUGCAGAAUAUUGUAGUAAUACCAUAAGUUACACCUGCAGUCUGACAGAAGACAGAAACAGACUUGUCUAUGAAGAUGGCCGGACAGCUCUAAUUAUUUUUACUCUGGAUAACUGGAUAACAACUGUGACAAUGAGGGUCUUCUUGGUUGCAGCUCUAAUCUUCUCCAAUUUCUCCUGCUGUGUAAAAAUUCACCAGCCUCCAUUUAUAUUCAGCCAUGGCAGCGACACCUCUGUAACUUUGCAGUGUGAACAAGACGACGAUGAAUAUUCCUCUAUGUUCUGGUACAGACACAGAGACAGUGGGAAAAUACAGCUAAUAACAUAUUCUCUUGGUAAAGACGUGUGGAACAUUGACACUCCUUUCAACAAAUCCAAGUAUACCAUGUCCCGACCUGCAGUGCUAAGCUCCUCUCUGCAGAUAAAACCUGUUGAGGCUGAAGACUCAGCUGUGUAUUACUGUGCCUCUAGUAGAGCACAGUGGUUCAGAAAGCCUCAGCAGCUAAACAACAACCUCAAGUACAAACCAGGGGGAGAAGUUGUAGUGGGGAUGAAUGAGGAGCCUGAUUUUCUUUAAUUCUGGGGACUCUAAACAGGAAUUUGUUGAGGUGUGGGAUCUAACAGUUAUAGUAUGUUUUUAAUAACUGAAGUAAUUUCUCAAGCAAAAUUAAAAAAAAAUAACUGGUUAUAUUUUC